CAUCAAUACGCUGUUCAGCAGCUUCGAGAAGCUUACUUGUAAAGUAAUUUGAUCCUUAUUCAAAAGUUUCUUGCUGCCACCUCUGGAAACGUAUUAUUUGAAUAUUAUUGCUUUUAUUUAAAGACUGCUGUGCUCAUUAAGCAGAUAUUUCGUUUAUACUUUCGGUGUGACUCCAAAUUGGAAAUGUCAACGGCGCCUAUACCAUGGGUUAUUCUUCUUUUUAUCCUACUUAUUUUAGGAUGUGUAGCUGUUGUCGGACUCAUGAAGCUAUAUGCCCUGAUUUAUAAUUUCCAUUGUUCCUGUCCUGUAUGUCUGGCGGGGAAAACUGCUGUCGUUACAGGCGGAAGUCAAGGACUUGGGUAUGAGAUCGCGCUAGCCCUAGCUUCGAGAGGAUGCAAAAUUAUAAUAGCAACUAGAAGACCAAACGACGCGCUAAGAGAAGAACUCGUGAGGAAAACACACAACCCAAAUAUUUUUCUUGAAUACGUAGACCUGGAAUCCUUCAAAUCCGUCCGUAAGUUUGCUGAGACGAUAAAGGAGAGGGAAGAGGUUAUCGAUAUCCUCAUACUCAAUGCAGGAUUUGGAGCUGACGAAGAUGUCCUAACGGAAGAUGGAAUGAACUACGUUUUACAGACGAAUUAUUUCAGCUCGUUUCUGCUCGUACAUUUACUCAUUGGUAUGUAUACUUAAUUAUUGAG